CCAGCACCCGCCCGCUCAGGCCAGAAACCCACGAAGCGCCGCCGGCAGUCAGAUCCCGGGCCCGCCUCCAGCUGCGAGGCCCCGGCGGGCGCUAAAUGAAGGGCAGAUGAGAAAGCAGCCCGGGGGGAUUGAGGCGCCGUGGGCCGCGUAGCCGGGCGAGGGCGCAAUGCGCGGCCGCGACGUGCGCAACGGGCUGACUAGCGGUGUCUCGGGUGGACGUGGCUCCAGCCGAACGCCGCCCGGACGGCCGCGUGCAGACCCGAGGCCCGGGCCCCCGCCUCUGGCUGACGGCCCCGCGCUCCGCGUUCACCGCGCGCUUGGGCUCAAGCCCGCCUCUCGGCCGCUUUCACUUUCGCUUUCGCUUUCCUGCCGACAGUGUUGAGGAAAAUGAAAGUGGCGGUGUCCAACAGCCGGCGUAUCAGCCGUCGGGGCGAGGGGCGCAGGGUACGGGCGGUGGGCCUGGGGCUAGCGAGCUGAGGCCACAGCCCGCGCCCGGCGAGAUGGCAGCAGGCCCUGGACUUCCCUGCACUUCAGGCAGUCGUGAGGCCGCAGAGAAACAAGAAAAUGGACUCCCUCCUCCUGAGGACAAGAAUGCCAGCCACCAGCCAUGGGUGAGCUUAGAGACCAUCAUUGAAUGUCUAAAAUAUAUUUGUACUGGAGAUUUUCCUCCUGGAACCAAAGGAAGUACAUUCGUUCAUGAUCCCAAGGUUGCUCAAGAAACAGAUGUUAGAGCACAGAUUCGUCUGCAGUUUCGUGAUGUCAAUGGAGAACUUGUAGCUGUGCAGAGAUCUAUGGUUUGUACUCAGAAAAGCAAAAAGACAGAAUUUAAAACCCUGGAAGGAGUCAUUACUAGAACAAAGCGUGGCGAAAAGGUCAGUCUCAGCUCCAAGUGUGCAGAAAUUGACCGAGAGAUGAUAAGUUCUCUUGGGGUUUCCAAAUCUGUGCUAAAUAAUGUCAUUUUCUGUCACCAAGAAGAGUCUAAUUGGCCUUUAAGUGAAGGAAAGGCUUUGAAGCAAAAAUUUGAUGAGAUUUUUUCCGCAACAAGGUACAUUAAAGCGUUGGAAACACUUCGGCAGGUACGUCAGACACAAGGUCAGAAAGUAAAAGAAUGUCAAACAGAACUAAAAUAUCUGAAGCAAAAUAAGGAAAAAGCUUGUGAUAUUCGCGAUCAGAUUACUCGUAAGGAAGCGCAGUUAACAUCGUCAAAGGAAAUUGUCAAAUCCUAUGAGAAUGAACUUGAUCCAUUGAAGAAUCGUCUAAAAGAAAUUGAACAAAAUCUCUCUAAAAUAAUGAGACUCGACAAUGAAAUUAAAGCUUUGGAUAGCCGAAAGAAGCAAAUGGAAAAAGAUAAUAGUGAACUGGAACAGAAAAUGGAAAAGAUUUUUCAAGGGUCUGAUGAGCAGCUAAAUGAUUUAUAUCACAAUCACCAGAGAACAGUUAGGGAGAAAGAAAGGAGACUGGUAGAAUGUCAGCGUGAACUGGAAAAAUUAAAUAAAGAAUCUAGGCUUCUCAAUGAAGAAAAAUCAGAACUACUUGUUGAACAGGGUCGUCUACAGCUACAAGCAGAUCGUCAUCAAGAACAUAUGCGAGCUAGAGAUUCAUUAAUUCAGUCUUUGGCAACACAACUAGAAUUGGAUGGCUUUGAGCAUGGACCAUUCAAUGAGAGACAGAUAAAAAAUUUUCACAAACUUGUGAGAGAGAGGCAAGAAAAGGAAGCAGAAACUGCCAGGCAACUGAUGAAUGACUUUGCAGAAAAAGAGACUCUGAAACAAAAACAGAUAGAUGAGAUAAGGGAUAAGAAAACUGGACUGGGAAGAAUAAUAGAGCUAAAAUCAGAAAUCCUAACUAAGAAGCAGAGUGAGCUGAAAAAUGUGAAGUAUGAAUUACAGCAGUUGGAAGGAUCUUCAGACAGAAUUCUUGAACUGGACCAGGAGCUCACAAAAGCUGAACGUGAGCUAAGCAAAGCUGAGAAAAACAGCAAUGUAGAAACUCUAAAAACAGAAGUAAUAAGCCUUCAAAAUGAGAAAGCAGAUCUAGACAGGACCCUGCGUAAAUUGGACCAGGAGAUGGAGCAGUUAAAUCAUCAUACAGCAACACGUACCCAGAUGGAGAUGCUGACCAAAGACAAAGCUGACAAAGAUGAACAAAUCAGAAAAAUAAAAUCUAGGCACAGUGAUGAAUUAACUUCAUUGUUAGGAUAUUUUCCCAACAAAAAACAGCUUGAAGACUGGCUUCAUAGUAAAUCAAAAGAAAUUAAUCAGACCAGGGUCAGACUUGCGAAAUUGAACAAGGAACUGGCUUCAGCUGAGCAAAAUAAAAAUCAUAUAAAUAAUGAGCUAAAAAGGAAGGAAGAGAAGUUGUCCAGCUAUGAAGACAAACUGUUUGAUGUUUGUGGUAGCCAGGAUUUUGAAAGUAACUUAGACAGGCUUAAAGAAGAAAUUGAAAAAUCCUCAAAACAACGAGCCAUGCUGGCUGGAGCUACGGCAGUUUACUCCCAAUUCAUUACUCAGCUAACGGAUGAACACCAGUCGUGUUGCCCUGUCUGUCAGAGAGUUUUUCAGACAGAAGCUGAAUUACAAGAAGUCAUCAAUGAUUUGCAGUCUAAGCUGAGGCUUGCUCCAGAUAAGCUCAAGUCAACAGAAUCAGAACUAAAGAAAAAAGAAAAGCGGCGUGAUGAAAUGCUGGGACUAGUGCCCAUGAGGCAAAGCAUAAUUGAUUUGAAGGAGAAGGAAAUACCAGAAUUAAGAAACAAACUGCAGAAUGUGAACAGAGACAUACAGCGCCUAAAGAAUGACAUAGAAGAACAGGAAACACUUUUGGGUACAAUUAUACCUGAGGAAGAAAGUGCUAAAGUGUGUCUGACAGAUGUUACAAUUAUGGAGAGGUUCCAGAUGGAACUUAAGGAUGUUGAAAGAAAAAUUGCACAACAAGCAGCUAAACUCCAAGGACUAGAUUUGGAUAGAACUGUUCAACAAGUAAACCAGGAAAAACAAGAAAAGCAACACAAAUUAGAUACAGUUUCCAGUAAGAUUGAAUUGAAUCGUAAGCUUAUACAGGACCAGCAGGAACAAAUUCAGCACCUAAAAAGUACAACAAAUGAACUUAAAUCAGAGAAACUUCAGAUAUCCACUAAUUUACAACGUCGUCAGCAACUGGAAGAGCAGACUGUGGAAUUAUCCACUGAAGUUCAGUCCUUAUACAGAGAAAUAAAGGAUGCUAAAGAGCAGGUAAACCCUUUGGAAACAACAUUGGAAAAGUUCCAGCAGGAGAAAGAAGAAUUAAUCAACAAAAAAAAUACAAGCAACAAAAUAGCACAGGAUAAAAUAAAUGAUAUCAAAGAGAAGGUUAAAAAUAUUCAUGGUUAUGUGAAAGACAUUGAGAAUUAUAUUCAAGAUGGAAAAGAUGACUAUAAGAAGCAAAAAGAAACUGAACUUAAUAAAGUAAUAGCUCAACUAAGUGAAUGUGAGAAACACAAAGAAAAGAUUAAUAAGGAAAUGGGAAUCAUGAGACAAGAUAUUGAUACACAGAAGAUACAAGAAAGGUGGCUACAGGAUAACCUUACUUUAAGAAAAAGGAAUGAAGAACUAAAAGAAGGUGAAGAAGAAAGAAAACAACAUUUGAAGGAAAUGGGUCAAAUGCAGGUUUUACAAAUGAAAAAUGAACAUCAGAAGUUGGAAGAAAAAAUAGAAAAUAUAAAAAGAAAUCUCGGUUCGGCAAUAGGGCGACAGGAAGGUUAUGAGGAAGAAAUUAUUCGUUUUAAGAAAGAACUUCGAGACCCUCAAUUUCGGGAUGCCGAGGAAAAGUAUAGGGAAAUGAUGAUUGUUAUGAGAACAACAGAGCUUGUGAACAAGGAUCUGGACAUUUAUUAUAAGACCCUUGACCAAGCAAUAAUGAAAUUUCACAGUAUGAAAAUGGAAGAAAUCAACAAAAUUAUUCGUGACCUUUGGCGAAGUACCUAUCGUGGACAAGAUAUUGAAUACAUAGAAAUUCGAUCUGAUGCCGAUGAAAAUGUAUCAGCUUCUGAUAAAAGGCGGAAUUACAACUACCGAGUGGUGAUGCUAAAGGGAGACACGCCCUUGGAUAUGCGAGGACGAUGCAGUGCUGGACAAAAGGUAUUAGCCUCACUCAUCAUUCGCCUAGCCCUGGCUGAAACAUUCUGCUUAAACUGUGGCAUCCUUGCUUUGGAUGAGCCAACGACAAAUCUUGACCGAGAAAACAUUGAAUCUCUUGCACAUGCUCUGGUUGAGAUAAUAAAAAGUCGCUCACAGCAGCGUAACUUCCAGCUUCUGGUGAUCACUCAUGAUGAAGAUUUUGUGGAGCUCUUAGGGCGUUCUGAAUAUGUGGAGAAAUUCUACAGGAUUAAGAAGAACAUUGAUCAGUGCUCAGAGAUCGUGAAAUGCAGUAUUAGUUCCCUAGGAUCUAAUGUUCAUUAAAAACAUUCAAGAUUUAUAUGCCUUAGAAACAUGGGUCCUCAGCCAACUGCUUAUUUCUGGUAUUGAGUCAAUAUGAAAAUACGUUCUUUCAAAUGAGCCUUGUGUCUAGGGUUUUUAAUGUCUGAGAGGUUCGAAAAUCAUUAAAAUUGUUUCACAUGGAA